AUGGGCAAGCAACGUGAAGGGAACGCUCGACGUGAUCUCCUGAACGUCAUGGAUAUAAUUAACAUUUCUAGAGCAACUGAUGUCACCAAAACCGUGCACAACGAGCCUUACGAUGCUAUCUCCACUACCAACCACAAGCUCAGCCAAGCUGGCAAGACCAUCUUGAUCACCGGCGGCGGAACGACAAUCGGCAAUGCUAUCGGAUGCUCUUUUGUACGUGCCUUAGCUGAGACUGUCAUUAUCCUGGGGCGACGUCUCGAGGUCCUGCAAGAGGGCGCCCUUCGCCUUGAGCAAGAGGCAAAAGCCGCUGGUGCGCACACAAAGAUCAUCCACCGCCAGCUUGACAUUACCGACUUCUCCGCAGUGGAUGCAUUCUGGAAACAGCUGGCUUCCGAGGGUAUUGCCGUCGAUGUGUUCGUGUCGAAUGCCGCUGCUUUUCCUCCGUUGAAGCCUUUGUUAGAGUCAGGUGCAAAGCAUAUGUGGUCGCACCUUAAGACCAACUUCGUCGUCAACGUCUCCAGUAGCAUAACGCACAAUUACAUACAAGCUGUCACCACGAAGCUUGCCGCCUACGGUUUCAAUAAAUCUUGCGGCACUAUGCUAUUCCAGAUGGUUGCGAAGGAUACACCCGUUGAGGAGAUGCAGAUCAUUUCAAUGCACCCGGGCCUUAUCUGGUCGCCAGAGUGGGUGAAGAUGGGCUUCAAAGAUGAUGUUGGAUUUGAUAACAGUCAGUACGCUCAAGGUCGAUUUGCUUGGGCAUCUUGGGAUAUUAAUGAGCUAUCCCAGGGACCAAUUCGCGAGCGCAUAGAGGAGGACCCUUAUUGUCUCAAGAUGACCAUACGUGGUGCCAACCCAUGA